AUGUCAAACGCUCACCCCUUCCCCGAGGCCACUUAUCACGACAAUUAUUCGGAUAAUGAGAAGGACGAUGAUUCGAAUUCCCCCAAGAAAGGGAACGGGAGCGACUCGGAGGAAGAAGAUGAUUUCGUGAAGGGGCCUCAGCACCGAAGUACUGAGUCGCAUCCCCUGUCAUCCAGUGAUCACGAACCGACUUACUCACCAAGCAAAUCUCCGCAACCUGCUGCUGCAGUAGUUCCGCCAUCCUCUACAUCUAUCGGGAGCUCUAUUAAUCUGCCUCUUGAGCCUUCCAUCAUCAAUGCGGAACCCCUUGACGAGUUUAUUCGAGAAAUCGCCCACUGGAUGGCGUUCCAUUGUAGAGGGAAGCAGAAUGUCGAGAUUGAAGCCAAGCUUGGAGUUCUCCUCAUUGAAGACCGACCUGGAAACUCGUCUCGUCUCCAGCUUCCUGUGCUCACAGAAACUAUACUCCAGCCGCACUACCCUGGUCUUCGCUUUGAAUCAAACAUGCCCCUCUCACAUCACUCCCACUUCAACAGUCUCCUGAAUAGCCUUGUUGAGCAAACCGGUCGGCCCUCAUAUCGCCAUGCACGGAUCCACUACUCGCACACCAAGGUCAUUGAUUCAUUCUAUAAAUCCUCACAUCCGUCUUCAAAAAUACGCGUCACAACCGAUGAAAAGACUGGGGCAGUGAAGGAAUGUAUUAUAAAGUCGCGAGUGGCUGAUUUGAAUAUCUACUCUCCAAAAUGGAAGGUGGAUUGGCGUAUCAGCGUGAACACAGAAAUACCUGUUGCGAAACCAAUGGGCGAGCCACUCUUCUUCCGCCGUAAAGAUCGUAUAACCUACACCCAUCAAGCAUUUCAAGUCGACCUCACGCAGGUCACAACAAAUAAUCCAGGACUGCGGAAUGAUCCACCCCAAGGACAGCAGAUUCACGAACUCGAACUUGAGUUCAGGGACACAAAGGAUUUGAUGAGACAUGCUGCUUUGAGAGACAGACGCGUGCGUGGAGGGGAACAAUUUGACGAGCUGGUGAGAGUGUUCGUGAAUAAUGCGAGGAUCUUGGUCAAGAAUUGUCCAUGA